UUUCAGGUUUCAUUGUAUUGUGUAAGUAUAAAGAAAAAUCUGAGGUGUAUUUGGCUGUUGCUCGUUUGAUUGAAUUUGAAGUUAAAAGGGUGUGAUUGCAUUUGAAACUUCAUCAGUCGUAGAAGGUUAAGAAGAACAUUUGAGAAUUGGGUUUUUGAAUUCUGAUUGAAUAGAAUAAAUUUUGGGGCUUUGAUUGCAUAGAAAUAUUAUAACUAAAAAAAAUAAAUGGUUGAAAUGCCAAGCUUAGCGUUGGAUUUCGGUUUCUAGAAGGAAGGAAUGGUGUCUUGAAAGUUCUGUUUUGAGGAUUUCAUUUCUAUGCAUUUGUUGUAAGCAAAAGAUGUAUAGCACUUUUAAGGAGCAUGCGAUAGCGUAUGUGAGGCAAGCAGUUAAAGAAGAUGACGAUGGAAACUAUAGUAAGGCAUUUCCCCUCUAUAUGAAUGCAUUAGAGUACUUCAGGACCCAUUUGAAGUAUGAGAAGAAUCCAAGGAUUAAGGAAGCGAUUACUCAGAAAUUUAUGGAAUAUUUGAGGAGGGCAGAGGAGAAAAGGGCCAUUCUUGAUUGUGGAGGAAAUGGGCCUAAUGGUGAUGUAGCAGCUGCUACGCAACCAAAGACAAAGUCGAAGGGUGGAGAAGGGAAAGAAGGGAAUGAUCUGGAGCUAGCAAAGCACCGGGCUGGCCUUGAUUCUGCGAUAAUUAGGGAGAAACCGAAUGUGAAGUGGAGUGACGUGGCUGGUCUUGAGAGUGCCAAACAGGCAUUGCAAGAGGCUGUCAUACUGCCUGUUAAGUUUCCCCAGUUUUUACUGGGAAGAGACGACCAUGGAGGGCUUUUCUACUAUAUGGUCCACCUGGAACAGGGAAGUCCUAUUUAGCAAAGGCCGUUGCAACAGAAGCAGACUCAACUUUCUUCAGGGCUACAUUUAUUACAUUCUCAUGUACAGAUUGCCCAUGGAUGUAGAUGUAUUUGCUUUUAAUGUCUUUAUAUGGAUGGAAUGCCAACAUUGACAAGUGCUAGAUGCUGUCCAUACCCAGUAUUUCUUCAUCAGACCUUGUUUCAAAAUGGAUGGAUGAAAGUGAAAAGCUAGUCUCGAAUCUUUUCCAAAUGGCUCGUGAUAGUGCUCCUUCCAUAAUCUUCAUUGACGAAAUUGAUUCCUUAUGUGGUCAACGGGGUGAAGGCAAUGAGAGUGAAGCAUCUCGACGUAUCAAAACAGAAUUGCUUGUACAGAUGCAGGUAUUUUGAAUUCACAGGAAGUGGAUGAUAAUGCUUUUGAAGCUUCACUUUUACAUAGUAUCAUUGACAUGCUUAGACCUGGGUUUAGUAAUUUAUGCAAUAUGGAAAGUGAUCCAAUUAUUGUUUUAGUAUUCGUAUUUGUAUUUCUAAUGGAAGGAAGGGACCUUGUAUAGGUGUGCAGAGCUUUUUGGAGCUAAAAUUGCUUGGCCUUUCCUUACGUCUGUGAACAAAACUAUGGUCUUCAUAAAAUUACAGUAAAAUAAACUGGAGUUAUGCAUU